AUGACACCUGUGCGCCGCCGUCGGCGAGCUCCAACUUCACUUUUUGCUGUUCUGAUUUGGUCAUUGUCUGCGACAUGUGCAAUCAGAACAAGCGAAGGUUUGUCGGAAUUGGCUUGGGCCCGCCCUCGACUGAAGACCUCUGCCGCCGAGUUGACUAGACGGCGCAGCUUCAUCGUUGGAGGGUUAUUUGGAUCAUGUGGAGCACCGGUUGCAAGUUUCGCUUCGGGCAAGAAGGACCUGAAAAGCAUGGAUGAUUCUGCAGACCUUGAUCGGCUGGGGUCAAUGUUGGAAAAGAAGUGGGAGAAGGUGAAGCCUGCAUGCACAAGUGUCGGCAGCAUAGGUAUUAAAGCCGGAUAUGGUGUAAGCAAGAAGGAUCAACUCGAGAGCAUUGUCCGGUGUGAUGAACCAGACACAAAGUCUGAGAAGAAGGAUGCAGCCCGUUGA